AUGAUUACAUAACAACAAACAUUUUGCUUGUUAUUUCUAAUCAUGACCUGUAUAUCAGCAUAAAAGCCAUGUGGUCUAUUUAUAUAUGAUGAGGUUGGAUGUGUUUCAUCAACUUUUGAAAAAUGUAAUGAAAUUUGAAAUAAAAUAAGGUUCUUGGAAUGACUUUUUGAGUGCCUGUUAAGCAACAGAAUCCAAUAAUAUUGGUUGUUCUGCAACACUCAAUAGAUUAGCAUGCAUUAAUUAAUUGUAAUAUCCGAACUAGGAUUGGGCUUAUUGUAAUAACUUUAAUAAUAUAAUAGGUCGGUUUUCUGGAUAUUGUCGUGAAAUUACAAGUUCAACAUCUUGUUCUUCAUCUCUUUCAAAGCCAGCAUGUUUGGCUGUUGUUGGAAAACCUUGUUAAUGGUAAGGAUUUUGUUUGGACAUGACAGGAUAACAAUUUUAAGAAUAAUUAGCAAAAGCUUAAUCUGACCCUUCUUUUAUGAAUUAAGUCAAUAUAUCAAUAUGUCAAUCAAUCACAGGAAUUUCUGUAGUUCAUUAAUCUAGUGCUUUUCCUUACAUAAUUCAAUUAAUUGAUAAGUAUGGUUCAGAUAAUGCUAUGUUAAAUAAAUACAAAGCUAUGUUGGCUAUUCCAGGAUGCCUUGAAGUUGAUGUUAAUUUAUUAAAUUUAUUACCUUGUACUGCUGCUGGUUUGAAUUCAGCUGCUUGUAAAAAUAUUACAACUCCAGGAAUGAAGUGUAAAUUUUAGAAUGGUUAAUGUGUUAAUGUAACAGAUUUUUCAAAUCUAUUAUGCCAAGAUAAUAUUAAUAAGGAAGCAUGUCUUAGUAUAACAAAUAUCAAAUAACCAUGUUUUUGGAGUAAUGGAUGUUAAUUAUAUACUGGUAUGGCAGAUUGUAAUAUUAAAAUUUAACCUGUUUCUCCAUCAUUUUGUGCUGCAAUUAAUUAUGUAGACAAAUCUGGAAAUGAUUAAGAAUGUUUCUAUUAUUAAAAAAAAUAAAAAUGUAGUGAAUUAUGUAGAUCAAAAUCACUUUAAGUAAUAACAAGUUAAAAAAGUUGUAAUUCUUCAAGUUAUAAUUGUGUAUAUUAAAAUAAUUAAUGUCUUUUUAAAGGUGUAAAAUCUUAAUGUGGAUUGCUUGGAUAAAAUUAAUUUUCUUGUAUGAAUGUUAAUGAAAAUUGUUAAUUUGUAAAUGGAAUAUGUAGAUAGAUUACUGAUUUAUCAACAGUUAAAUGUGGUGAUAAUUUAAACAAAUAAGCUUGUUAAAAUAUAAUAGCUGUUGGAUAAGUUUGUAAAUAUGAUAAAAAUAAUAAAAAAUGUGGUGUAUUAAAAUUAGAUUUUUUUGAAACAUGUGAAAAUCUAUAAUCUGUAAAUGAGAAUGCAUGUAGGAGAAUUACUGAUUCAGCAUGUUAUUGGGUUGAUGGAAAUUGUAAAAUUGCUGUUGCAAAAGUUAGUUGCACAACUAGAGGAUUGAAUAGAAUUGGUUGUUUAUAAAGUAAUAUGGGACCAUGUUAAUGGAGUAAAGAAGCUGGUAUUUGUUAAAAUGUUAAUGUUGUUGAAAAUUAAACAUCUUGUGAAUCAUUAAAAUUAGUUAAUGAAUUUGCUUGUAGAAUGGUUUCAUUUAAAAGUAAUGGAUAAGAAGAGCAUUGUAAAUAUAAUCCAACUAAUUAUUCAUGUUAAUUAUUUCAAAAAGAAUUAGUACCUCCUUUUACAAUAAAUUGUAUCACUUAAGGAUUAAAUAAAAGAGGAUGUUUAGAUGUAAUAGAUCCUACAAUAGCAUGUAAAUGGACAAGUUUAGGAUGUACAUAACUAACAUCUGUGACAUCAGCUUGUUCAGGAUUAGUUAAUGUAACUGCUAAAGCUUGUGCUUUAAUAACAGGAGAAGUAUGUGGAUAUGAUGAGACAUAAACUAAAUGUACAACAAGUAUAACAAAGACUGCAAAGAGUUGUACAUAAUUUGUAGUUGGUAAAGAUAGUGUUUUGAAUGGAAAUGCAUGUGCUUUUAUAGAACCAGACGGUGAUUUAUCUUGUUAUUUUGAUACAACAAAUUUGUAAUGUAGUCCAGCUGCUACUUAAUUGAAUAAAAUUUAUUGUGGUAAAUCAUUCCCAAAUAAAUUUGCUUGUCUUUCAAUAACUACUUAGGGAUAAAGAUGUUAAUGGAAUACUUUAAAAAGAUUAUGUGAAGAAAUUAAAAUGCCAACAUAUGAAUCAUGUGAAUAUUUAACAGAUGUUAAUGAUAUCACAUGUCUUGGUUAUGAAAAUGAUGUAGAAUAUUACAUAAGUGAAUAUUCAUUUUGUACUAAACCAGGACCUACUGAUACAAAAAAUAAAUGUAUCUAAUUUGUACAUACUUCUGGUGACGAAGCUAAUUGUUUUUCAGGAAAGUUUCCUAAUUUACAUGCUUGUGUUGCAAAAACUGAAGGAUAAAAUUGUUACUUUAAUACUACUUUAUUUUAAUGUUUGAAAUUAGAAGAUGCUGAUAAACCUACAAUUCUAGAUUAAAUAAUGUGUAAAUAAGCCAAUAAAGAUUUAUGUCUAUUAGUUACUACAAAUGAUUAAAAUUGUUAAUGGGAUGAUACUGAAAAAAAAUGUUAUAAUCCAGAUAAAUGUAGUGAAGCUUUUGAUGCAGCUGCUUGUAAAGCCGUUAGUUAACCUUGUGUUUUUGUUGAUAAUAAAUGUAUUCUGAUUAAAAGUUCAAAUGCUAAGGAUUAUAAAUGUGCAGAUGCAAAUGAUAAUGAAAAAGCCUGUUAUAAAGUUGCUGGUGAAUCUUGUUCAUUUGUUGGUGGUUCAUGUACUCCCUUAACUUAAGAUCUUGAUAAUGAUAUAUGUACAACAUAUACAGAUAAUGUGAAUGCUGUUUCUUGUGCAAAAAUAUAGAAAGAAGGAGAAAAAUGUAAAUAUAAUAAAAUAACACAUCUAUGUAUUUCAGCUUCAACCUAGUAUGCUGAAUGCAAUAUUGGAUAAAAUGAGUAAAAUUGUUUACAAGAAAAUAGUUGUGAAUUCAAUUAGUUUUAUUCUGUUAUUUAGGGAGAUACUUAUGUUGAAAAACCUCUGUAUUAAUGUAAAAAGAUAGAUAGUCCUUGUUAAUAUGCCACUAGCAAUGAUAAUUGUAUGUAAGUAUAAAGUUAGUGUAUUUGGGAUAAAGUUAAUUCACUUUGUCUAAUUGCUCCAGAUUUAGAGUGUUUAGAAUAUAACAAUCCUAAUUAUGAAUACAGUUCAUAUACUUGUGGAAGUGUAUGGGCAUCUAUUGAUACUAAAAUAUGUGCAUAAAAUGAAACAUCAAAAUUAUGUGAAGAAAUAGUUGCUGUUAGUUGCAAAUCUACAACUGACUCACUAGAUUGCAAAAAUGUUAAAGCUGAUUGCAAAUUUGAAAAAUCUAAAUGUGUUUAAAAUCUUGUGAAAGCAAAAGUUUGUUCAGAUAAUUAUACAUAAUAUGCUUGUUUGACAGGAUCCCUUUUUUGUUAAUGGGAUUUAGAUAGUUUAUUAUGCAAAGAUUAUUUAGAUGAAACUGAAAUUAAAUGUGUUUCUGAUUCUAAACCAGAGUCAGAGGUUCAAGCAAUAGUUUCAGCUGAACUAUGCUAUUGGGAGGGUUGUUAUUUGAAAAAAGAUACAUUAAAAUGUACAUCUGAUACAAGCACACCUACAGAAUGUAGUGAAGCAUUAUCACCUUUUGGAUGUAAAUCACUUCCAGAUGAAAAAUACUGCUAUUGGGAUAUUGAUUCAAUUUGUAAAUCAUAGACUGAUCUCUCUUUAGCUAAAAAUCUUACUUAUAAAUAAGUUGCUAAUUCUUAAAGAACUUUAUGUUUAUCACCAUAAAAUGAAGGAGAAUUAACUGAAUGGUGGGAAGGAGAGUGUUAUUCAGUUGAUUCCAAUAUUUCAAGAUGUUAAGAUGAUAUUAAUAUAAGAGCUUGUGAAGCAGUAUUGAAUGAUGAACCUAUUUAAUUAUGCAUUUAUAAGGAUAAUAAAUGUUAAUAUGCAGAUCCAUAAAAUACAUUAUGUACAGAUACAAUAAAUGUUUUCACUUGUGUUGCAAUUACAACUCCAGGAUAGUUUUGUGUUUGGUUAGGAUAAUAGUGUUCUACAUUAAAGGAUGAUGGAUUCCCUCUUGGUAAAUAUUCAAAUGUAAAUUCAAACACUUGUACAAAAACAUAUACAAUUGAUGGUUAACCAAAUAGUAAAAUAACUAAUCCAAUUGGAGUUAAAUUUGGAACUGAUGGUUGUAUAUAAUCUGAUCCAUUAGUUGAUUUAUGUGAUACUCCUGGUUUAAAUUAUUAUGGAUGUUUAUAAACAAAAGCUGGAGCAUGUACUUGGAAUGGAUCUAAAUGUGUUCCUUUUACUUAAUUUGAUGGUAAGAUUAAAUGUUCAGAUUAUUUAAAAGUAUCUGCUGGUGUUUGUGAAUAAGUACCAUCUUUAAAAUGUACUUGGAAUAAUUUUAAUUGUAUUGAUGCUACUAAUUAAUAAUAAUGUACAGAUAGUUUAAGUAAAGAAGCUUGUGUUUAAUAAAUUACAAAUUCAUGUUAAUGGUUAAAUAAUAAAUGCAUGCCAUAAAAUAUAAUUACAGGUGUCACAUCUUGUGGAGAUUAAGGUACAUUUUCAACUGCUGAAUAUUCUUCAGUAAUGAGUUGUUAAAUGAUUUCAUUUGGAGGAUUACCUUGCAGACAUACAGGUAAAGGUUGUACUACUUAAAUUGAUCUAUUAGUUGCAAAAUGUAACACUCCAGGUCUUAAUGAUAUAGCUUGUACAAUGAUAACUUUAGAAUAAUGUAUUUAUUUAAAUGGGUAAUGUUAAAUAUAUUAACCAACAUCAUCUUAAUGCAGAUAAUUAAUUAAUGUAUCACCUUAAGUAUGUGCAGAUAUUUCAGAUUCUACUUAACUUUGUAAAUUUAGCAAAUUAAAUAAUAAAUGUGUUUCUGUUUAUAAUUAUGAUUUAUGUUCAAGUCCAGGAAUAAAUGAAUUUGGAUGUAAUUCCCUUAGUGUAUGUAAAUGGCAUAAAGAUGAGAAAUAUUGUACAUGUUCAUCAAUAUUAUAAGGAGUUAAAUUUUGUGCAGAUUAUGAUUAUUCAACAUGCAAAAUAUAAUCAUAAUAGUGUUUAUGGGAUGAUACAUCUUAAAAAUGUAGAGCUAAACUUUGUUCAGAUUUAUCAACUUCUAAUUGUACAAAUGUUACUAUGAAUAAUUAAUAUUGUUAUCUAACAUCUAAAAAUACAUGUCGUGGAGCUAAAACAUGUAAUGAAGUUAGAAAUGUAACUGAUUGUACUAAAUAUUUAAUAAAUGGAUAAUAUUGUUAACCAUAUGUUAAUGAUGUUUGUAGAAUUAAAUAAUGUGUAGAUAAUUUAACAGAUGCUUAAUGUAAUGGAUCUUGUUAUUGGACUGGUUCUUAUUGUGCUUAAAGAUUAUGUUAAACAUUUACUAAAAAGGAAUAAUGUAUGGGUACCUAUGAAGAUGGUACUUGUUUUUGGUUUAAUGGAUUAUGUAUUGGUUUAGAUUCUUGUUAUAAAUUAUAAAUGUAUUAUGAUAAUACAGAUAAUUUGAAAAAGGAUUGUAAUACUGCCAAGAUCAUGGGAAAUCAAUGCUAUUGGUAACGAGCAUAUUAAUAUGCAGAUUCAUAUGAAUGUUCUCAUAAUUAAUGCAAGUAUACAUAUUAUUUAUUAAUUAGACCUUUGGGAUCUAGCAAAAUUAAUUGUGUUGGUACUGAAAUCAAUGAUCAUGUUUGUAUACUCUCUUAAGAUUUUCAAUGUUUAAGAUGUGAAGAUGUUGUAGAUAGAUGUGAAUGUUCAAAAUAUAGUGGAAAUUGUUAUUAUAGUAAUAAUAAAUGUAAUUCCAUUUAAUGUGCUUAAUAUGUUGAAGACUCUUGUGGUAUACUUUGUUUUCUAUAUUAUAUAGCUUUGUUCCCUGAUAAAUGUAUAUGGCAUUCAGGAUCAAAGAUGUGUUUGAUCAUUUGUGCUAAAUUAGAUUAAAAAAGUUGUGAAGCCAGAUAAAGUGCUACAUCUCAAUGUUAUUGGGAUUCUAAACUUGAAAGAUGCAAUUCUGGACUUCCUAGUAAAAUUGUUAUUGAUACUGUCACUCCAUAAAUUGAGGCUGCCAAUAUUACAAUUACAACUUCAUCCUCAUAUUCAUAAAUAGCUAUGAUCUUUAUUGGAUUAUAUUUAUUGGAUUGA